AGGAGUGCUCAAAAGGAACCAAAAAAUGGCUAGAACCUGCUACCAGAACACAUUUAAAAAGGUCGAGCUUGCAGCAGCACCCAAAGCCUCCGUUUCAGAAGCUCCUACUCCACGUCAACUAGGUCAACAGACAAUGAGCAUUUCUGACUUAGAUCACCGACCUAAGAACGUGGAGCAGAAGGCUGAGCUAGUGGAGCCAAUAGAAACAGUUCCAUUAAAUCCGGAUGAACCAGAAAAAACGGUGAAAGUUGGAAUUAAGCUCAUAGAGGAAGAGAGGACGGAGCUCUUAGAGUUUUUGAAGGCCAACCAGGAUGUUUUCGCAUGGAUAACGGAUGAAAUGCCUGGAAUUCCGACAAAGUUAGCAGUCCACAAGCUCAGUUUUAUCAGCCAGGUCGACUAUUCACAAUGGGUGUCUAAUCUUGUGUUCAUCAAAAAACCGAACGGUAAGUGGAGAAUGUGCAUCAAUUUCACAAACUUGAAUGAAGCAUGUCUUAAAGACCCACAACCCUUGCCCAAUGUGGAGAAGUUGGUAAAGCGAGCAGCAAGCCACAAGCGCAUGAGCUCUUUAAAUACCUGUUCUAGAUACCACCAAGUUCAGCUUUGGUUUGAUGAUCAAGAGAAAACAGCAUUUUAUGCAAGGGAUGCCAUCUACUAUUAUGUCAUGAUGCUGUUUGGCCUAAAGAAUGCGGGCACUAUAUAUCAGAAGUUGGUUCAGAAUCUACGCCGAGUACAGAUGAAGUUAAACCCCUUGAAAUGUACAUUUGCUAUAGAAUCGAGCAAAUUCCUAGGGUAUGCCAUAUCCAAGAAAGGGAUUGAGGUGAACCCAGACAAGGUUGAGGCUGUGCAACAGAUGGAACCCCUUAAAAUAGUAAAAGAUGUGCAACGUCUAACAGGUCGUCUUGUCGCCCUGCACAGAUUCAUUGCCAGGCCGCUAAGAGCCUACUUCCAAUCUCAUGAGAUUGGUGUCUACACUAACCUACCAUUAAGGAAGAUAUUGCAGAAGCUGGAGCUUUCGGGUCAGCUAAUUGGAUGGGCGGUUGAGUUGAGUGAAUAUGACCUCAAAUUUCAACCACGCACAACCAUUAAGGGCCAAGCCUUGGUAGAUUUCUUGGUGGAAUGCUAUCCAGCGGAUGUAGAGGAAGCCACACCAUCAUACCUGGUAUGGGCUUUGUACGUAGAUGGGGUUGCCAAUGUUGAAGGAUCAGGGAUUGACAAGAUACCAAGGGUCGAUAAUCGACGAGUUGAUGAGCUGUCGAAGUUAGUUUCAUCACAAGAUAUCAAUCCUCAGAGGACAACGUUCAUCGAGAUACUUGAUGCACCAAGCUAUACCAACCUAACCGUUGAGUGUCAAGUACUAAGUACAGACCCCUCAUCACCGAGUUGGACUACACCCUUGAUUAAUUACUUGCGAAAUGGUGAAUUACUUGAGGAUCCAUCUGAUACUCGAUUAAUAAGACGUAGGGCGGCACAUUUCACUCUAAUUGACAAUCAGUUAUAUAAACAAGCAGCUUCAAUGCCCCUAUUACAUUGCCUCACUCUUUAUGACGCUGAAUAUGCUGUAAGGGAAGUUCAUGAAGGAGUGUGUGGCACACACAUUGGAGGAAAAACCCUAGCUCAAAAAAUUCUAAGGCACGGAUUUGGUAUUCCUAAGAGAAUAAUUGCUGAUAACAUACCCCAGUUUCGACCAGCAGCACUCAAGUCGUUCUGUGAUGAUUAUAACAUUGGGUUGGCCCUCACUUUUGUGUACACUCCACAGUCAAAUGGACAAGCAAAGUUAGCUAAUAAAAUCAUCUUGCAUGGCCUUAAGACAUGUGUCCUAGCCAUGCACUCGAAUUGGGUUGACGAGCUCAACAAGUACUCUGGUCAUGUCGUACUACACCUAGCUCGGCCACAGGCGAAAUUCCAUUCAUUCUUGCCUUUGAAGCUGAGGCUGCAAUCCCUAUAGAAAUCGAAUUGUCACCUGAUAUAUCAAAUCGGCAUAACGAUUCUAAUAAUGAACAACUCCUAAGAAAGAACUUAGAUCUCGUGGAGGAGGUUAGGGAGAUGUCUCCUAUGAAAAACAUAGCCUAUUAGAGCCAUGUUGUUAGAUUUUAUAAUAAAAGGGUGCAUGCUCG